GUGUGUUUUAUUUAGCGUUUUUUAAAAUUCACUUGGGUUUCAUUUGGCUUUAUUCAUGUCUUUGAAUUGGUUAAGGUUUCUGAUUUAGUUAUGCUUAUAUUUUUAUUUUAAAUUGAUUCGUUUUACUGAAUAAUUUGGAAAUGCUUUGUCACGAGCCAGUUGGUCAAGAAAACUUUGAUAAUGACCAAUGUAUCAAUCGUAGCUGCACAUUUAACCUUUAAGGAUGCAAUGCUGCUGAUGCCAGCAAUGCUGAUGUUGGCAACUUUUGGCAAAUUCUUACAGUACCUGCAUGGGGAGUUUAACCUUGCCAAUUAGAUUGGGCUCAGUUUGUACUGUUGAAGGAUGUUCAUACUUUCAGGGUGAUUACUGUAAUUGGACCUCAACCAUCUGUAGAAGACAUUGGUGUCCUGCAUAAAUUUUUUCAACUACAUGUUUGUGUGGGCACACACAAAUGUCAUUUAUUGCCACAGACAUGAUUCAUUUGUCAGGAAAAUGUGAUUUUCUGACAGAGCGACCACUGAAACAGAAAUCAUUGUGUAGUCUGAGCACUGAUUAAAGAUGUUUUGUGUUUUUGUUGUUGUUGUUUUGUCCUCCUGCACUCUUUUCAAGCAAAGGUCAAGAAUGCUGUUUGGUUUACACACUAAAUAAAUAACUUCUCUAACCAAGACUGCUGACAGUGUGCCUCAACACUGUUAUCUGGUUCGUGGCACUUGAGGCUCAGGUCAUGUGAUUACACCUCAGCAGUUUUAUUAUUAGAAAAUAGUAAGGUGUCCCCUGAAGCUCCAGUGAAAGGGAAGUAAGUCAAGUUUUAAUGGGUAUUAUUUUAUUAGAUUAAAAUCUGAGUGAAAAUUUCAUGAGUAAAUUUCACUAGUAUGUCAAGGGGUUUUAGUACAAAAAAAUAUUUAUAGUUGGGGUUUAUAUCACUAUUUGUCAUUAUACAUUUUCUUUGGGGUUUGAUGUAAUCUAAAGUUAAUAAUCACCGUCCAGAUUAGUUAACGGUUAUGCUGUGAUUUAAGCUACAAUGGUCAGUCAGAGGAAAACUAAAAGCAACAGAAGGUCUCAGUAGUCCUUCUCACUGCCACUCUGAAGCCUUGCUUCUCACUCACACUUAAACAUAGCAAAGACAGAGAAAGCUGUCCUUGUGAAGCAGUAGGAUAUCUCCCAUGGGUUUUCAUUUUUAUUUUUGGGGUAUGAAAAGUGGCUGAAGUGCCAGAGGUAAUGAUGCGUAGGUGCUUAGGGAAAAAUCUACAUGUUGUAGUUGUGUACUGUCACUGGGGAAGUGAAAAAUGUGGGCUUGUCUUUUUUUUCAUAUGUUUGUGGUGGUCUUUAGUCCUUUGUCUAAGCCCUUUUUAAGUGGAGUAAAGUCACAAUCGAGAAAGACCUCUUCUUUUGCAGUGACGUGAAACUAAGAGAUUAAAAACAAUAAAAAUUCCACUGCAGUCACAGUUUGUACUUUUAAUUUAUUUUAUUUUUUUGAUUGAUGUUCAUUUGAGCUUCCUUCCUUGUGAACUCUGCUACCGCUCCCUUUCCUGUUUGAACCCACUUUGGAACAAACUAAUAUUUAGUUUCACAUAUUAUUUUGUUUUGUAGUUUUUAUUUUUUAGAUUCUAUAUAGGUAAGUUGAAAUUCCUGUUGCAGCACACAUGACCUAUAACAGAAUAGCUAAAAAGUAAAAUGACUCAAAAUUUAUUUCAAAAUGUCAAAUACACAAAUUAGUUACUAACUUGGACGAGUAGAAAAAAUAAGAUGAAGGAACCUAAUAAAUAAAAAUCCAAAAUAAAUGCCAAUAGAACACCAUGUAAUAAGUGUCUUAAUAAAGUAAAACAUCAGCUGGACAAGCUAAGAAUUUAUUUCACAUUAAAAUAAUGCAAAUAUCAGAGGAUCCAGUGAGCAAACAUCCAGAUAUUAUGCAGCCUUAUAAAUCACACGACUGGCUAACUUUUCAGGGAGAAUACUAAACUGAAGUGAAACUCGCACAAAGUAAAGCAACAACCUCAAUUAUUGGCUGGAGAGGUUUUUAGUGAUUAGCUGCUCUUUAAAAUGUAUGUCCCCAAAAGAAUAACGAAUAAUUGCGUUCAUUACAGAUAAUGAGAUGUAAACAUGUGAGGCUGAUGGUGAUAAUGGGUUUCGUGACAGCUGAUUUGGAACAGCUUCCAACUGAGUCAGUGAUUUAAUAAAAAGGCUACACAUCAGGUCAGCUCAUCAGGUGGCAGAAAUACCGCUAUGGCCCAGGAGACCAAUCAAAGCCCAGUUCCUAUGCUCUGUGCCACUGGCUGUGGUUUUUAUGGCAACCCCAGGACUAACGGCAUGUGCUCUGUGUGCCACAAGGAGCACCUGUCACGACAGAACAAUGGAGGAGUUGGUUCUUUGAGUGGAGUGGGCAGCAGCUCCACAGCUGAGGCUUCUGCCAUCCAAAGGUUAGAGGCUACCCUGAAUAAUGCUGCGGCUGCUGCGGUUGCUGCUGCAGAGGUGGCAGCUGAGGCCGCCGCUGCCUCUGAUGCUGCUGCUGCCGCUGCCACAGAGGCACUCAGUGGGAUUUCACCUGCCAUUUCUGUAACACAACAGAUGACUGAGAUGAGUCUCUCCUCUGAAGAGAAAGGAGCGUCAGGCAGUAAAGUGGAGCUCAUAGAGCCAGUUGUGAGUCAGCCAGCCGUCUCAGCCUUGCAUCCCUCCACUGCUGGCAGUGAAGACUCCAAAUCCCACGAGCCCCCCAAACCCAAGAAGAAUCGGUGCUUCAUGUGUCGUAAAAAGGUUGGCCUUACAGGUUUUGACUGUCGCUGUGGAAAUCUCUUUUGCGGAAUUCACCGUUACUCCGAUAAGCACAACUGUCCAUACGACUAUAAAGCUGAAGCUGCCGCAAAGAUCCGUAAGGAGAACCCCGUUGUAGUUGCUGAAAAGAUCCAGAGAAUAUGAAACUGUGAGUUUGACUUUGAAGCCUGGAAGUGAUCGCCUUUCAGACAAUGGACUAUAGCCUGACUUUUCCUCCCAAAGGACUUGUUUGUUUUUUUUUCUCAGGGUGUUUUGGGGCCCCCUGUGCAUGGAUGUUCACAUGUUUUCAGCUUCUUGUUUGUGUGUGAGUUAAACACUUUAACAGGGUUUUAUUGAACUAAAGAAAUGUUGGGACUGAAGUGAGGUGGUUUUGUGUCACAGUAACCGGCUGAUGUUGGAGAAAAGUGUGAUUGCCCUUUAGAGGGAAGGGGGGAGGGGAAAAACCCUUCCUUGCCGUUUUUUUGUGAUCCUGCUUGAAAUCGUUUGAACUUCGCUUGGAAUGGGGCUGUGAUAGCCUUGGACUCUGGGACUUCUCAGCUGUGCUUGCUCUCUGCUGGCUUGAGUAGCAAAAUGGAUAUCUUGCUUUUCCGUUUGCAGCCGUCGCUCUGUGAAGUCAGUGUUUAACCCUCCCGUCUUGCCAGAGUUUGGUAAGUUUUUAUCUUCUUGGACUUUGUUUCUCUCUGGCUCAUAUUCUUUCCCAGAAACCUAAGGUAGUUGGACCGUUUUCUCUCCCAUUGAUUUGGUUUUUUUUUUUUUUUUUUUUUUUUUUAUUUUUUUUU